GUUAUCUCACAAUAGCAUCUUGAAUUUAUUCAAAAGGGUAUACCGUACUUCCUUCUAAAUGCGUUUUAUACAAGAUUCUUACUUCAUAGCAUUCAUGCGAUAAACUAUGUGGCGUGUUGCAUUGCAUUUUAUAUCACUGAUAGUUCGGAUGUCAUAGUUAGAAACGAUCUUGGAGUUCAAGGAAACCAUCGCAGGAUAGCUUCAAAUCAAUUUGUGUUUGAUGAAACCAUCGCUGGAUUGACACAAAGAUACGUUAUUUGGACAUUAAACCAAGGAGGUACUCCGACAUGGGCAAUCAUGAAUCCAAACCGGAAUGGCGUCCUACUGCAUCAAAGAAGAAACCGAUGAGAAAAAUAUACGACGAAAGUACGUACAAGUUGAACGACUGGGGCUGUUUAGAGCGGUUUAUAUAUCUAGGGUCUGAAUCGUCAUACAAUGCGAAUGACAAAGAUCCAAAUCGUAAGAAUGCUGAGUGUAUAGACAGACUUAUUGGUGCUGGAAAAGGGGUAGAAGUGGUGCACAAUUUAUCUGAUAUAAGUCUAUGUGGCAGAACAUUGCGACAAAAUUAUUUAAUAUUUGCACUUGCAAUAUGUGCAAGAUCCAACGAUGAAGAAACAAAGAAAGAAGCAUAUAAAGCAUUAAACGCGAUAUGUCGUAUCCCAACACAUUUCUUUUUGUUUGUUAAUUAUUGCAAACAGGAAAGUCUGCAGUCAGGAUCAAAAGGCUGCGGCUGGGGAAGAGCACAUCGUAGAGCUAUGAUCAAGUGGUACGAAGAAAAAGCAAAACAUCCGGUCUGUUUAGCUCGACUUUUGACAAAAUACAAGUCCCGUCGAAUGCACACAACUGAUAAGAAAGGAGAGACCUGGUCGCAUUCUAAAAUAUUGAAGAAAGCACAUCCAAAAUUCGAAGAUGAUUUCAUGAAAGUAGUUAAACAAUACAUUUUUAAUGGCUUUAAAGGGGCACAAAGCUUUGCAUCAAAUAAAGAAAUGAAUAGUGAAAGUAUUUCAAAAUUCCUGACUUACAUAGAUGGUACAGAGAAAGCCAAAAGAUGCACUGAUGAGGAUACGCUCGCGGCACUUAUAAAGGAAUAUAAUCUUGAACGAGAGCAUAUUCCAACACAAAUGGUGAAGUGUCCCAUGGUUUGUAAAGCGAUAAUGACAAACAUGAAAGCGGGAGCGAAGGUACGCAAUAUCUGUUUGAUGUCUUCUAGAGGUCUUUGUAACGAGGGGUCGGAAUGUGAAAAAGAAAUAAUAGCGGUACUUAGUAACGAGAAAGCUUUACACGAUGAAAGAGUUCAUCCAAUCAGAAUUCUUAUUGCUUUGUUGUCGUACAAAAACGGCGAACAUUUUAAGAAAACUGAAAGUAAGAACGGUAUGGUAAAUACUCUUAAAUGGAAUGUGAACCAAAACAUCUGCCAGGCGCUCAAUGCAGCCUUUUAUCAAUCAUUCAUUACCGUUCAGUCAAGUGAAAAACGGUUCUUGAUAGCGAUUUCCUGUAGCGAAGAUAUGGAUAAACCAUGCAAUGGUUGUCCUGCCAUUAACUGUAAACAGGCCGCAGCGGCGAUGACGAUGCUGACUAUUCGCACUGAAAAAAACUGCAAAGUUGUUGGAUUCUCCGAUGGUCUGAAAAAAAUAAUCCUUAAUAAGAACGACUCACUCGAGGACGUCACUCAGAAAAUAAGUGAAAUAAAGGGAACUGAAACUGAUGUAUCUAAUCCAGUUCGCUGGGCUCUGGAGAAGAAAAAGACAUUUGAUGUUUUUAUAAUAUAUUCAGACAACAUAAAAACAGAGGGGAAUCAAGCGAUUGAGGCUCUUACGGAAUAUCAAAAAGAAAUGAAAACGCCUAAUGCAAAAUUGAUCGUAGUUGCGAUGUUAGCCACUGACAGCAUUAUCGCAGACGAGCGCAAUCCUUUCAUUCUUAACAUUGUUGGUUUCGACAAAAAAGCUGCAUUGCGCAUACAAGAAUUUGCCACCUCAGAAAUUUGACUUAACGGCGAAUAGAAAAGGAAACGUUUGUAGGACAUUUAUGAACUAAACUUUAUUCUACUUUUUAACGUGACAUCAACGGUGAAAUUAUAAUUCGUUCGGCUCAACAAAGCGUAAUAUAAAUAGACAAAUAAGUUUGUAUGCUGUGACGAAAGAGUACAUACAAAUUUAGUUGUUUUGACUGUUAUGGACUUUUCGGAAAGUAGUUUCUGUGGCCAUUUUUAAUUGAUGACGUAGGAAUAUCCCUACCUAAUUUUGUUAACCUUCAUGUCAGUUAUACUUACGUGUAUCUUUUUCCUCGCUAAUACAUCAUUGUUUCAUUUGGCGUAUUGUACAAGUUAUAUUUUAUGUAAGUAACACAAAUAGCCAUUCAAUUAUUCAACUUGAUUGUAAACAAACAAAGAAAGAGAGAAAUAAAACAGACAAAACAUCCUAAACGCUAUAAUUUCUGUUACAAACUACGCAAGUUACGGCCUACAUGUAUAUAAAAUUUGUUUAAUUAUAUUAUGAACUAUUCACUUUCAAAUGAUCAACAUCAUCAUUUUCUUCUUUCUUUAUUUUUUAUCAAUCUAACCGUGUUUAUUUUUUUAUUAUUUUGUGUGUGUGUGUUAUAUAAUUACAUGUAUGCUGUUAUGAAAAAGUCCCAUCAUGAAUGGUAAUAAAACUGAAUUGAUAUCCGGGAACAAAAGGAUGUGUAAUGGACCACACCCCGCUCAAAUUUCAUGUACAGUGACUGUCAUUUUACUUAUAUGUCAAGUACCGGUAAUAAUGUUAUUGAUUAUGCAAUAAUGUCAUAUCGGUUAUUCCCCAUUAUAAGUAAUUUUGUCGUUCACGACAUGUUUUCAUUUUCGGCACAUGCUCAGAUUCAUAUUGAUUUAAAAUGUUUUUGUUUGGAAAAUGAAAAUAUCAAUGAACCUCAUUGUCAAGAAGAUAAAAUGGGAAAAUGACCGAAACGACAUAUUUAGAGAAUGUAUCUCUUCUGAUUUAUCAAGCAUUGAAACUAUUGUUAACGAUGUAAUUGAUAAUAAUUUAAGCUUAGAUAGCGGUAAUGACUCUAUAUCUGCUAUUUUAUACAAAAAUACAUAUGAUAUUUUCGGAGUUACGAAAGUCGUUAAAACGUUUAAGUACAGACGGAAAUUUAAAAGUCAAUGGUUGGACCAAAAUUGUGAGCGUGAAAGAAAGAAUUUUGUUCAUGCAAAUAGAUUGUACUUAAAUUGUAGAUCUGCACUUAAUAAAUAAAAUCUGAUUAUUUAUAGACGAUUGUAUAAAUUAGCUUAGGGGAGAGCAAAGACAAAAUAUCACUUAGCUCAAAAGAAUAAAAUGCAUAAUUUAUCAAAAACCUCUCCGACAUUGUUUUGGAAGGAAAUAAAACAGUUUAGAAAGAAAAGUGCCGAUCGUAAAGUGUCGAAUGAACAAUUUUAACCAUUUUAAGAAUUUAUUUAAUAGCCAAAAUAUAUUUUCAAAUGAUGAUGUUGAACAGUGUAUUAAUAGUGAUGAUGUUAUAUUACAACAAGUUGAUAUGUUAGAUAAAGACAUUACAAUAGAGGAGGUAUCUAAGGCUAUUUCUUCUCUAAAUAGGAAUAAAAGUUGUGGUUAUGACUUACUUUCACCAGAAAAAUAUUUAUUGAAUGUAAUGAUUUAUUAUCUCCAAUUUUAAGUAAAAUUUUUAAUCAUAUUUUCACAAGUGGAUCUUAUCCAACCUCAUGGAAUAAAGCAACUAUUGUACCUGUCAUGAAAAAAAAGGGAUCCCAGUGAGGUAAAUAAUUAUAGGGGUAUUGCGCUUACAAGUAUUUUUUCAAAAAUAUUCUCAGUAAUCCUACAUAAUAGACUUCGAAAAUGGUCAGAGGUCAAUUAUUUCUUAACAGAUAAUCAGUAUGGAUUUAGGAAUAGUAGAAGUACUAUUGACUGCAUGUUUGUACUAAAUUCUAUUAUUAAUAAGAUUGUUAAACGUGAUUAAAAGAAAUUGUAUACUGCAUUUGUAGAUUUCCGCAAGGCAUUUGAUUUAACAUAAAAAAUGGUAUUUGGUUCACAUUAAUUGACACUGUUGUCUCAGGUAAAAUGUUUAAAAUUCUAAGAAGCAUGUAUGAGGGUGUGACAAUAUGUGUACGUAAUAAUGGCUCACUUGCUGCCUCUUUUGAUAGUUACAUGGGCUUGAAGCAAGGAGAGCCAUUAUUUCGGUCUGUACUAGCCAUGGACAGUUAAUAGUUAUUUCGGACUGUAAUAGCCUUUGACAUUUAAUAGUUAUUUCUAUCUGUACUAGCCUUGGACAUUUAAUACUUAUUUCGGUCUGUACUAGCGUUUAGAUAAAGGAGUAAAAGUAAAGUUUAUCGUCAACUGAAAUGUGACAAAAUAGUUGGUCUAACAACAGUCAAAUAAACAUAUUCAGUAAUCAAGUCUGCAUGAACGGACUGCUAAACAUUAGUUAUUUUUAUAAGUCAAUAACUUUGAUCAAUAUGUUUGAAUGCUACGCAUUCAAGGACCAAUGUUGUACGUGUAUUUUAGAAUAAAGAUCAACAGGACGGCAUUCCAUGAACGCAACAUAUUCUAUCAAGUCUGCAAAACGACAAUGAUAAAUAAAUUGCCUAAGUUACUUAAUCUUGCUGUUUAAUUUGUUUUAAUGAGUAUUGAUUUGUUUACGGUAUCUUCUAUUUUGUUUUGUAUAUUACAUGUAUUUAGUUCCUGAUUUAUUACGAAUAUGUGUUUUUUUUCAUUACGAUAGUAUGUUUUGUGUAUAUUAUACUUAUGUUUACAAUUUAAAGUUAAUUGGUCAAUAAUGGAAGAACUGUAAUUAUACAAUUAUUAAUGUAUGUAGAUUGUAUUCAGUAGUAUAGUUAAAUAAAGCAUCUCUCAGUCUU